GCACGAGAGGGUGAACGAACGAGAACGGCGCCACGUGUAGAAGAAAAAGCGGUAUUUUUCUUGCAAAAAUUUCUCAAAGAUGGACAGUUUGCAUAAAACGUGAUCUGUAGUGCCGAAAUGGCGAAUAGUUCUACAAGAGAAAAGGGAAUGAAACGCAGCGAUGACAUGUCGAGCGAUCGAAAUGAUGCACCACCCGCAAAACGACCGAGAGGGGACAUGCCAGAAUCGAAACAGCAAGUUCGAAAUGAACCGAUGUUUCUUGACAUUUCUGUGGCAAAGUUUGCUGAAAGUCGUGCUGGUGAGUUGACAGCACUAACACAAGCAGUGGAGGAGUUGGGGGGAACAAAAUUAGCCUUUCAGCGUUUGCCUCACCACAUGAGACGACGAGCAAUGAGUCAUGACAUUCGACGUGUUCCUAGAAAACUUCGACAGAAGGUCCAAGCAGAGCUUGUGAAGCGUGACAAAAAAGGUGUCACCAAAAGGCCAAGUCGUCGUCACCGUCGGCGUCCAAAAUGUCUUCUGUCCGAAUAUAUGCAACGCCAGCGGCAGCAUGCUUGGCUGGAGACACACAUAUGGCAUGCCAAACGUUUCAAGAUGACAACAGCCUGGGGAUAUCGCCUGCCUUUACAUCCAAGUGACAAGAGUCUGCGGGCUUGUUACAGAGCUACAUCCAAACACUGCAUGCUAGAGGAUAUUUCCUAUGAAUGCUGCAUUGAGAUCAGAGGCAAAUGUCCAUCCAUUUUGGAAGCCCUAAAGCAUGUGACAAGUGCUGAUACUGGUUUAACCUUUGCUGCAAAGGUGACAAGCUCUGGUCAGAGAUGGGGGGAAGUAACCCUGUAUGCUUGUAACAGUUACCCAUGGGGAGCAUUGGCUCCUGUCACCUACUUUUGGAAACCAGCCACUGAGAGUGCGGAUGUGAGAAACAACUGCAGACAGGGUGUGUUGUGGAUCUGGAGCCACCCGGCCAGCUAUGAGAUAGUAUGGGCACAGCUUCAGAGGGCAUGUUCUAUCGCCACAGGCCAAACAAGGAUGAUUGGCUUGAGCAGUAAUCAGAGUAGUGGGGACAGGCUACUUGAGGCAACCUCUCGAGCUAAAGACAUGCCAGAAACUGGAAAAUGCAACACCACUUUAAAUGAUCAAGAUAUAAAGAUGGUGCUGAAGAAGGAAGAAACAAGGAAAGAUAAUCUCUCUGGAGGCACAGUUUUUGCAACAGAAGAAUUAACUUUGACUAGUCUGAAAAAUCAGUUGGUACGCUUUCGUCUGACAGGACCAGCUGCUACACUUGUGUUAACAGAGACACUUCAGCUAGCUCAGAUUCAUUCUUCUGCAGAGAAUAGCAGCAGUAAAGAAAAUGUAGGAAUCUCAUUUCAAAGCAAAGCAGAAGUUGGUGAAGAAAUGCAUGAGAACACACGAUGGUGGCAGCAGUAUUACAGCUGUCAAAAAGCUCUUUCAUACUUUGAAACUCAACAAGCACUGUGGGGCAACUUUGCCAAAUGUCAUUCUCCAGGAAACUUUCCACCACGCAUGAUGAUUGCAUUGACCAUUCGUGACCCACGACUCCAUUUACCUGGCAAAAUAGGGAAAGUUAAACAUCUUGAGGCAGGGUCAGUUCAGGCGCCCUUGAUGUGGGAAGAUGUCCCUCCAGCAGCUGCAUUGUCUCCACUGUGGGAAGCAGAUGUUCGACGUAAUGUUGUGACCACUAAACUGUCGGAACAUGCACUUAAUCAACGCCGCUCAAAACUGCUUGUGCCAGGGUCUGAACUUUGCUUGGGGCAUGAGGAAUCAAGGGUGCCAGUUCUAUUGCUGCAAAGACCAGGUGUACAGCCAAGCAAUCUAUCUGCCACAACUUGUGUAGGCUUUGGAAGUGGUUGGGAUUUAAUUGCUCCCAGAGGAUGGGGGAUGGCACUGUGGGUGGCCUUAGUCUACAGGGGUGCAAGAGUUGGAGGCUUGAGAGAAUCAUGCAGCACACAAGCACGUGCUGGCACCCUGCACUUUCCUUGUGACUUUCCGGACACCUGUGCGGGUCAAGAUUAUGACUGCAAAAUCAGAAAACAGCUAGAGGACAAGUACUCAAAGCGUCCUCCUGCCAAGCGUUGCAGCUAUACCCGAAUUGGCGUCCCGGCUCCAUUUCACCAUCCCUAUAGGCAGCUUGUUUCUGAGUGGUAUCAAAGGACAUUAAGCGAAAAUAGAAAUCAAACAAACACAUGUUCAGUCUUGAGGAAUUUUUUCUCUGCACAAAUCCUUCCAGAAUAUCCCUGUUUAGCUUUACGUGAAUCUCAAGGUGUCUAUGUUUUGCGGAGCAAGCAUCUCUUGAGAAGAUUAAACAGUGUUUUGCUUCGCCUCAGAACAAGAUGCUUGCAACCUCAAAGGCCUGAUGAGCAUGAGACACUUUUAGAGAAACUAACGAAACAGCUAGACCUUCAAACCAUCCUUUUAGAGCAUGCAUGGAGUUUAGUUCCCGUGGCAGUUAUACCUCUUCUGCGAGGCGUUCCUUCUAAUCAUGCCAUGAUUUGCAUCCCAUCUGCUGAAGACUUAAAAAUGUUGUCCAUAGAUAAAAAAUAUAGUGGUCCCAUCGAGUCUUUACACCCACGUUCUGGUAAAUCGAGCAAAAACACUAGAAAGCCUAGAAAAAAAAGGGAAAGUUGUCUUCAAUCUACCAAGCUUGAAAAGAGCGCUACUGAUCCUGCUGGCCACGUCACUGAUCUGCAAAAGUGUCUUCUUGAAGCAUGUGACCGACCAAUCAUUGGAUUUCUUACAAAUGGUGACUUUGAUUUGAGACGGGGCCAUGGAUCAGGGACAGGGUUUUGUUCUUUGUUGGGUUUGUUGCAACUUCUAGACAACAUACCUAGUGAUGGACCCUGUUUUGUGCUUGUCAGAAACACAACCUCACGCCAGUACCGCCUUGCAAGUCUUUCAAUUGUUUGCUAGUUUUCUAAAAAGCCUUUUUUGGAUACUUCUGGAUUUGGCAAUUUUGUUGAAAUGAAAAAUCUGCUCAAACAAAUUGGUGCCGGGCAGAUAUAUGAUAAUAUCUUCAAGUUCAAAAAUGCAGUACUCUUUUCAUUCUUCUUGUUUUUAAAGCACGCAAUUGUAACAAGUCUGUUUGCUUACAGUGUGUGCAUAAAUUAAAUGCAAAGCAGUGAAAUUCACAUAAGACUUACAAGGAAGAAUAUCUUUGAUUUAUAAACUUGGUCACAUACUGAUGAUUAGAAAAGGACAUUACAGUUUAGAAGGAGAAUAUUGUACGGCAUAGUGAGUCAUGAGCUAGGGGUAGGGGUUGCCAUGGCAAUGAACAUGGAGGUUUGAGGAUAUUUAGCGGCUGCAGCUUUAGUACCUCCUGCACAAUUCACAAAGUGUGGUAGCAUGGACAGUGGGACUUCAAAGGCUGUGUUGCAGUGAGGCACCAUAGCAGUACACACCUGUAAUGUGCCACUUACCCAUGAACUUUUAUGUAAAGCUGGCUUAACCAUUAACCUUUCAUUAAUAAAAUUGCUGGAAGUAGCAUAGAAACGUUUUAUUCCAUGUAGGUCUGGCUUAUGUCAAAGGUUGUUUUGUUAGCUUGUAUUUUUGUAUGAUUUUUAUGUUGCAAAAUAACCUUUUGUUCUCAAAUAUGCUUUGUGGUGCUUGUUUGUGUUAGCAACAUGGCUGGUGUUAAAACAA